AUGAAUCCUGACAAUAUUCCUCCCCCACAGUUUUUGGGCGGCACUCCGGGGCUUUCCUUUGCCUUUGAUGUGUUUCCGUCCGAUUCCAACAGAACAGGGCCUUUUUCCGGCUCUUCAGAGUCGCCAAUCGCCGUUAUGAUGCGCAAUUUCGUUGAGAUCCUUAACAGACCUUCUAAACACAAACAUGCUUCCAAAGACGCCAUUGCUUCGCUCAAGCCGAUCCCGCUGUCACAAUUGCCGGAAUCAGAACGACAGUGUCCGAUCUGUUUCGACCAGUUUGAGGACCUGGACGAACAGAAAGUGCCAGACCAGCCAGAGUUGUCGGACUCUGAUCUGCCCCGUAUGUUUGACGGCUACGACAAUUCGGACCCUGAUGUGCCUUUCCCGACAGAUCAAACAGGCACCAAUCAUAUCACAUACCAUCCGGGCGAGGAGAUCGAGCACAAACACGCGGCACAGGACCCGAGCUCCGAAAACGCACACUAUGCUGUCAAAUUGAACCAAUGUGGCCACAUCUUCGGCAAAUCGUGUGUCACCGAGUGGCUCAAGAGCAACGUGUCGUGUCCGCUGUGUCGUCGCGAGAUCGCUCCGGAAAUGACCGAGUCCUCGGGCCCGGACUCCAACUUAGUGUUCUAUCCGAUAGCACUGACCGAAGUUUUUGUGCCGAUCAGCUGGUCUGGUCCCGUCAGAAUGGGUUACGCUCUGGACGACCCCGCCAUAAACUUCCCAACAGAGGGAGAAGGCUUCUCUAUGGGAAGACGUACCGGUCCCGAGGACCCAACAAGAGCAGCAGCAGCAGCAGCAGCCUCUCCGUCGCCCGCACCACAGCAGACUCCGCCAACGUCAGAACGGACCGGCUCCGGGGGGCCUACACGCAACAGCUCGUCCAGGCCAAUCAGAACACAUCCAUACAGCCGGCCGUCCAACACGUCGUCAGAAAGCGAGAAUUAG